AACGUUUAUUCGAUAUUUCUUGACUAUUCUGUUCAACACUAGCAGUUCUGUCAUCUGUGUGAAAAAAUAGCAAGAGCAAGAGUGUUAAACCAUGUUGCGCACUACUGCCGGUAAACUCGCUACCGCCAUGCGCGGCAGCCUUGGAGUUACAUCCACCCGUGUUGUCGCCGUACGCUGCCUGCACGGAACUGAGGAGUCGGCUGAAGAGUUCGAUAAGCGUUACGAAAAGUAUUUCGCUCGUGAAGGCAUUGACGGAUGGGAGGUACGUAAAGGCAUGAACGACCUGCUUGGCAUGGAUUUGGUGCCCAGCCCAAAAAUUAUUGAAUCUGGACUGCGCGCCUGCCGCCGUGUCAACGACAUCGCCCUAGCUAUUAGGUGGCUGGAGGGUUGCAAGGACAAAUGUGGCGACCAGCAGGCUACCCUCUAUCCCUACUUGCUAGAGAAAAUCACACCAACCUUGAAGGAGCUUGGCGUGCCGACCAUCGAGGAGCUGGGCUACGACAAGCCCGAAUUGGCUCUCAAAUCCGUUUUUGAUAUGUAAGGCGGCGUUUGUUUAAACGUUUUCCUUUAGUUUAAUUAACACAUAACAAGAAACACACACACAAUUCCAAUGUAUUUCGUGCGGAUGAACAUGUUAUUGGAUUGCAAAUAAAAGGAGAUUGGAGUAAGGCUACCACCCCAAA